AUGCGCUACAAGCGCCGCCAGCCGAAAUACAACCUCACCAAGGAGCACAUCGAGGAGAUGCGCCGCCUGCGCGCCGAGGACCCCCUCACCUGGAGCGUGCAGCGGCUGGCGCGCAAGUUUGAGUGCUCCACCGUCUUCGUCCAGAUGGCCGCGCCCGCGCCCGAGGAGCACCUGCGCUGGCUGAGGGCCAAGAUGGAGCGCAAGAUGGAGCGGUGGGGGCCCAUCCGGACGGCGGCGAGGGAGGACCGGAAGAGGAGGGCGGAGAUGCUGUAUCGGGGGGAGCUGUGA